GAGCAAAGCAACCUUUUCCAAAAAAAAAAAAAAAAAAAAAGCAGAAUUACCAGUAGCUCUGGUUCUGCCGUCCCGGUGCGUUCACACGCCGCACACGCCUUUACCUGCACAGACCUGAAAGUCCAGUUCCACCGGGGAGACCGAGGAAAAGGGGAGCGAGUUCAUUGGAUCAAACAUGUCACAAGAGACGGACAAUAACAAGCGACUUGUGGCCUUAGUGCCAAAUGACACUUCAUUCAACACCAGACGAGCGUACACCAGCGAGGAUGAAGCCUGGAAGUCAUACUUGGAGAAUCCCCUAACAGCAGCUACCAAGGCUAUGAUGAGCAUAAAUGGUGAUGAGGACAGUGCUGCUGCUCUUGGCCUGUUGUAUGACUAUUAUAAAGUUCCCAGAGAUAAAAGGCUGUUGUCUGUUAACAAAGUGAAUGAUAACCAAGAAGACCAAGAUAAAAGAAAUUGUCUCAAUACCACGGAAGCUCAGAGCAAUUUGAGCGGGGGAGAGAACCGCGUGCAAGUCCUGAAGACGGUGCCUGUUAACCUUUCCUUGAACCAAGAUCCGCUGGAGUCAUCCAAAAGGGAAUACAACACAAAUGUGUCUGGCAGCUCGACGCCAAUUACAGGGACUGGAGUGACUGUGGUAAAAGCAGAGGAGUUCACCCCUGUUUUUAUGACCCCACAAGCACACUAUGCAAGAGGAGAAAAUGAGGAGCACCGAGGGGUUAUUUUUGAGCCAUACGAAGUGUCCAACAUUGCUCCCCACACAAAUUAUCUCAAAGAUGACCAGCGCAGUACUCCUGACAGUACGUACAGCGACACCUUCAAAGACGGAGGAACAGAAAAGUAUCGCAGUGUGUCAGUGGGGGCUGAGGAAUAUAUUUACGAACAAACAAGCACUUUUCAGUAUACACUAGAAGCUACCAAAUCCCUGCGUCAAAAGCAAGGGGAAGGGCCCAUGACCUACUUAAACAAAGGACAGUUCUACGCCAUUACCCUGAGCGAGACGGGUGACAACAAAUGUUUCCGGCAUCCGAUCAGCAAAGUCAGGAGCGUGGUCAUGGUUGUUUUUAGUGAGGAUAAAAACAGAGAUGAGCAGCUGAAAUACUGGAAAUACUGGCACUCUCGGCAACACACAGCAAAGCAGAGGGUCCUGGACAUUGCUGAUUACAAGGAGAGUUUUAACACCAUUGGGAAUAUCGAAGAAAUCGCGUUCAAUGCUGUGUCCUUUACUUGGGAUGUCAAUGAGGAGGCAAAGAUUUUCAUCACCGUGAAUUGCUUGAGCACGGACUUCUCCUCACAAAAAGGAGUAAAGGGGCUUCCUUUGAUGAUUCAGAUAGAUACAUACAGCUACAACAACCGCAGCAAUAAACCCAUUCACCGAGCCUACUGCCAGAUCAAGGUUUUUUGUGAUAAGGGAGCAGAAAGGAAAAUCCGAGAUGAAGAGAGGAAGCAGAACAGGAAGAAAGGCAAAGGCCAGGCAUCCCAAACCUCAUGUAAUAACUCAGCCGAAGGGAAGCUGAGUGCACUCCCUCUGCAAAAGAAGAGUGAUAUCACCUUCUUCAAAACAAUGACUGACCUGGAUUCCCAGCCAGUUCUCUUCAUACCAGAUGUUCAUUUUGGAAACCUACAAAGAACUGGACAGGUUUACUAUAAUACAGAUGAUGAGAGAGAAGGUAGCAGUGUCCUGGUUAAGAGGAUGUUCCGGCCCGUGGAGGAGGAGUUUGGUCCAUCCCCUCUGAAACAAAUAAAAGAAGAAGGCCUGAAAAGAGUGCUUUUGUAUGUGAGGAAGGAGACGGAUGAGGUGUUUGAUGCUUUGAUGCUGAAAUCACCCACAGUAAAGGGGCUCAUGGAAGCGAUCUCUGAGAAAUACGGGCUGCCAGUCGAAAAGAUUGCAAAACUUUAUAAGAAGAGCAAAAAGGGUAUCCUGGUAAACAUGGAUGACAACAUUAUUGAGCACUACUCCAAUGAGGACACGUUCAUCCUGCACAUGGAGAGCAUUGUUGAAGGCUUCAAGGUCACGCUGACUGAGAUCUAGCCUCAGGCAGAGCCCUUUUGUAUGGAACCACAGCAUUUCAUUCUCCUUGGAAAGCAGAAGAUUCCCCAGGAACUUGACAGACAUUGAUCAGAGAAACUGUUACAAGACUGGUUUGCAAACAUUGUCCAUUCUGCACACCCACUGCGUAUAGACUUGGGUUUGUCAAGCACAAGGCCACUCGUUAACCUGGUCCCUUAUUUAUUGUUCCCCAUUCUCCAGUGCACAAGCAGUUACCAGCCCCCAGAUCUGUAACCAGGUGAUCCACUGCAAAUGUGAAGUGCAGCAUUUUAAUCCACGCUUUAAUGUGGAUAAACUCAUUCUAAAACACGUUAAGGAACCAUGCUGGUCCAGUUUCAGAAACAUGGGAUAAAUCACUUUAACAGAGUUCACUCCACCAUUGCUAAAAAAACAACAACAAAAAGUGCUAAAGGGGAAAGUGGCUGACAAGAGUUCACUUGCUCAGACUGAUCCAUAUCUCUCUCUAGUGUAUAGUCUUGCCAAAUACCUCUGGUAGUUCUCAGCACGUAGCAAUGAGGACUUGUAAGUAAGGCAUUCAGCUACAAAUGUCACUUGUAAGUAAAUGGUAAAGAAACCAUUUUAACCUUGUAUAUAAUGUUUAUAAUAUGCAAUAAUAUAUUUUAACUACCGUAUGUGGGCAUGUUUACUGCCACUAUGUUUUUGUAUGUAUUGGGUUUAGGGUUUAACAGAAUCUUUCCUAGAAGAUUAGAUUUCUGCGAUCUGUUAAGGAGUGUGUGCUGAGAAGGUGAUGACUGUGUCUGCAUGCAAGCACUCCACCCCUGCCCACCCAGUUUUAUAAUGAAAUAUUGGAGCAAACGGCGCUGCAGUGUUUGGAGUGCUCUGUCACAGGGGGGCCCACUUUAGGUGCCCAGGUCCCAGUUGUAGGUAACUGAGGGCCCCAUCCAGCUGUCACAAAAUCCUAGAGGUACCCACGUGUCUGCUGCCUGGCGUGUUUAGAGGUACAGAAGGGACUUCUGCUUGUUUUGCUGGUGAAGUGGGGGCUUUCAAAAUGGGCCCAUCUCAAACCUGUGGAGGGAAAGGUGCUUUCCCCAGCAGCCUGCUCCUUAAAGCAUUCCUUUAGACUGUAAGAAACAGGACUCCAAACUCUUCUUCUUAAGGGAGCUUGCUCUUGUAUCUCCAUUGAAUAAUUCUGUUUUGAUUCCUAGGAUAGCUGGAUGUGGUAGAAGCCUGGGUUUGACGUAAGUAUUUUAUAGAACCUGGAACAAUUUUGCCAGUGGAGACUGAGAGCUGAGGUGUGGCGAUAAGUCUCUCUCACAGAGGCUGGAUCUGAGCCCAGGCUGAGCUACAAGGUCACGCCAUCAAAUUCCACCUCUGUCUCAGGAAUUCUAUGGGAGAGAAAGGCUGCAGGCUGAUCAUACCAGAAAAGGGAUCCGAGACCUGAAUGUCCCCAGUGCAUCCAAACCUGGCACCUGUCUCUCUCCUUUCCAGCUCCUUUGACUGUCUCAGAGAGCUCCUCACACAGCAUAUGGUCCUGGGGGUUUCAGUGGCAAGCAGUUCAUUCCCCAUGCACUGUACCAGGAUCCCAUGAGACAGACAGAAAUGUGGGGCCUUUCCUAUAUGUUGCCGUUGUUUCCUUACUUUUUUCCUUCUAAAAUCUGUUUUUCAUUUAGUUGCAGUAUUUUUUUCCUCAUUAGCUGGAUAAUGAUGUAAAGAAACACUGCCUGGUUUAACAGAGGUAAAGCAAAGACUCGGAAUAGCUGACCAGUCUCAUUUGGUCCCAUUUUUGCAUGAAUCGUCCUACAAGCUCUUGCACAGUUUCUUAACUUCAUUAGCAAUAGCAUCUUCUUAAAAUCUGUUCUUCAAAUGGAAAGGUCAGGUACCCGUAAAAGGUUCUGUGGGACCAGAACCUGUGGAAGCUCCAGGCUGUUCGUGUCAGAGCUAGCAUAACCACAAUCCAGGUAUAUCUGCAAAGCAAAGCCUCUGUUCUCUCUGUCUUCCUCUCGCCUUCUGUUCAUUUGGUUUGUGCUUUCCUUCCCUAUCGUGCCCAGCUGUGUAGUAAUUCCAUUGUCUUUUUCCAAAUACGUACUCCAGCAAAGAUGCUCUCGCUACCUUGCUUAAGAGCAGACAUCCUGGGCAUACAAGGGAUUUAGGGAGAUACGAUUUGUUUCUGCUUGCCUCAGGCUCAGAUAAAAAGUCUAUGCUGACUUAGCCCAGAUAGCUUUUUUUCCCAAAGAAAAAACAGGGUAGUUCUAGC